GCCCAAAUUAAUCUGGCUUUAGACAAACAAGCGAACACAUUAAAAGUAAACUUAAACAUUUAGAAAAAAAGGAAAUAGUAAGGAACAGAAAUCAGAAAGAAUCAGAAUGGUUGUAAAAGUUGAGAAACCAGUGCAUUGCAUGUUGGUGGGAGAUGCGAUGAUUGGAAAGAGUACGUUGGUACAAGCGUUCAUGGAAAAACAUCUUCCACAGACACCUUAUGUGGCAACUGUACUGGAGACAUACGAAGGAUGUCUCGAUGUCCAAGGGCAGAAACAUAAUCUCAGUAUCCUCGACAACGCCGGUCAGCAUGACUACGAGAAUAUGCGCUCGUUUUCUUACAAAGACAGCGAAGUUCUUGUGCUUUGCUACUCCGUUGUUGAUCGUAAUUCUCUUGAAAGUAUCAAGGACUUCUGGGUGCCGGAAGUGAGCCACUGUCGUCGUAGAAAGCCCAUCAUACUCGUUGCUACUCAAACCGACCUAAGAAAGAGUGAUAGUAAGGACUCUGUUAGCGCUGAGGAAGGUCGGAAGCUUGCUAAAGACAUUGGUGCAGAUACUUUCGUUGAAUGCACCGCAUAUGACAAUGACUCGGUCAAUCAUGUGUUUGAAGUUAUGACAACUGCUGGACUAAAAUUCCGCAAGAGGAAAAACAGUUUUGUGAAAAGAGUGUUAGGGAAAUGAACAUACGUAUGAACUUGCUCCACCCGGAGCCCAAUACGACCUAUCGUAAAUAGGAGGCUGUUAAGCUGUAUGUAAGAAGGCGAGAUGACAUUAGAGCGUUUAGCAAAAAGCUUGACAAGAUAAGCUAUGAAGAACAAGUCAGCCACGACAAGCUAGAUGUUACUUCAUUGCGUAACAGUAUGUUAACAUGUUGGAGGAGAUGAUGUGUUGAGGAGAGAUAUAUUACCAGCCAAUACGUUACAAUAUACGUAUGUUAUAUAGAUAACGUCAAUAUACCAUGUACAAAAACACUCUAAAAUGCUAAGAUUAAUUUUCAUCAUACGUAUAAUGUAAUAACUGAACACUUGUUUCGAAGUAUUAUGCCUAUGAAGAAUAGAUUUUAUUAUAUAUGUUACAAUUAACAACACACAGACUUAUUCUGUUUACCCAUAUAUUGGCCAGCAAACAUAUAUUGUGAACAAAACAUGAUCUAUGUUUUAUUCAAUUAUUAUUUAAUAAAUUUAUAUCUAUCUUA